CAAGUGGAGUUUGUCUAUAUUAUUCACAUUGCCAUUUUUUUCUUCUUCUCUACUUCACCACAUAGCUUCAAAUGGAGAAAGGAAGUGAGACUGAGAAGUGGAAAUUCCAAGGGAACAAAGGUUUGAACUCUUCAGCAGUUUCUGUUAGAGGUGUCUAUAACAUGCUUAUGGAUACUAUAAACAACAAUCAAAACAACAAAACUGUUAUUCCUUUAUGUAGGGUAGAUCCCACUGAUAAUCCAUUGUUUAGGACUACCUCAGUAGCUCAUCAGGCUGUAGCAGAAGCUGUUCAGUCUUACAACUUCAAUUGUUACCCUCCAACUGUUGGCUUACCUGCUGCAAAGAGGGCUAUUGCAAAGUACCUCUCAUCUGAUCUUCCAUACCAGUUAUCACCAGAAGAUAUUUUUCUCACAGUUGGUGGAACACAGGCUAUAGAUAUAAUCUUACCUGUUCUUGCACGUCCUGGUGCCAACAUUCUCCUUCCAAGACCAGGCUACCCACAAUAUGAUUCUCGUGCUGCUUCUUGUCUCCUUGAAGUUCGCUACUUCGAUCUUCUUCCUCAAAGAAGAUGGGAAGUUGACCUUGAUUCCAUUGAAGCCUUAACAGAUGAGAACACUGUUGCUAUGGUCCUCAUUAAUCCUAGCAAUCCAUGUGGGAAUGUGUUCACACACCAACAUUUAAAAAAGGUUGCUGAGACUGCAAAGAAACUUGGAAUCUGUAUAAUUGCUGAUGAAGUUUAUGCUCAUGUGGCGUUUGGAAGCAAUCCAUUUGUUCCCAUUGGAGUAUUUUCAUCAAUAGUUCCAGUUAUAACAAUAGGGUCCUUGUCAAAAAGAUGGUUAGUUCCUGGUUGGAGAACUGGUUGGAUAGCCACAUGUGACCCCCACAAAAUUUUUCAAAUAACUGGGAUAGUGAAAAAUAUCAUCAGCUAUUUGGAGAUCACUGCUGACCCUCUAAGCUUUAUGCAGGCAGCAAUACCUCAAAUCCUUGAGAAAACAAAACCUGAAUUCCAUUUAAAAAAUAUGAAUAUCAUGAAGGAAGCUGCAGACAUAUUCUAUGAUGUAUGUAAGGAGAUCCCUUGCUUGACAUGCCCUCACAAACCAGAAGGAGCCAUGUCUGCUAUGGUGGAGAUUAAUUUUGCACAUGUUAAGGGCAUUAUUGAUGAUGUUGAUUUCUGUGACAAACUGGCUAAAGAGGAAUCUGUAAUUCUGCUUCCGGGUGUUACUGUUGGACUAAAGAAUUGGCUUCGGAUUAGUCUUGCUGUUGACCCUUCAGAUCUUGAAGAGGGUCUUAGCAGGUUAAAAGCAUUCAGCCUUCGGCAUGAAACUAGAUAAUAGGUCGUAUAAUUUGAUUGAUAAAAAGAGCUUCUCUCAUUCCCAUGAUUCUUAAAAAUUGUUCCAGACCGGACUUACCCAUUCGAAUGGAAAAAACACCGGUUUUUUCUUCUUCCAUGUUUAACCAUCCGAACUGAGAAAAAGUAGUUUUUUUCUAGUCUGGAUUAAAAAAUCCGGAAGGAUGUGGGUUAUAAGAAAACGGUAGGGAGUAAUAAGUAGCUCUCGUUAAUGGGGGUUUGCUCCAAUGUAUCGGAGGUAGAUUUUCCCUUACGUGUGUAACAAGCUACUAACUAUCAGCACCUCUACCUAAACAAUUGCAGUAAUCGGUUACUUCUGUUAUACUUCACACAUCACAUUGUUAGUUUUUCAUAUUUUUCUCAACUCACCGAGCCUUUAUUGUAGACAUUGACUUGCUCUUUUAUUGGAAAAAUAAGUUUGUUGUUCA